UCUAAACUACUAAACUAAAUUAAAUCUUACACAUAACUUCUGAAAAUCGCUUAUAUUCAUUUAGAUCUAGAUAUCUAGAUCUACUUGUUAAGUAGAAUCUAAUAAUAUUAUAAAACAUUAUUCUCAUGGAGCUAGAUGAAUCUGAAAAAGAUAUUGUCAAAACAUUUGACAACUGGUGCAAAAAUUAUACAGAUGUUUUGAACCAGUCAGAAGAAUUGCAAACAAAACUAAAACAAGCAGUGGCUGAAUCAGACAUCCUCAAAAAGACCAACACUAGAUUACAGUCAGAAUGCCAGAUAUUCCAAGAAACAAUUAAAGAAGGUCAAAACCAAAUGGAGUCUCUUUGUAACUUGGAAGAGAAAUUGAGAGAUUUGAGAUGUCAGCUGCUUGCUAAAGACCAGGCAUUGCAAAGUGAAGUUUUACAACACAGAGUAAUCAUUCAAGAGUUGCAAGAGAAGAGCACCAGAGAAAAAGAUGAAGCUCUUAAUCAUCUUAUGACAGAGUAUAAACAAAAACUUGAAAAAGUUGAAAGUCUGCUGAAGAAUGAAGAAGAAACAAACUUAUUUCUCAAGUCCCAGCUGGAAAAAGUAGAAUGUGAAAAGAAAAAAGAAUUAUGUAGACUUACAAGUGAGUAUGAGAGGAAGCUUGCAGUGGUUCAGCAACAGAAAGCUAUUUAUAUGCAGCAGCAACAUCAACUGUUGAACCAGGAAGUAAUGAGAAAAAAAAUGCAGCACAUGAAAGAAACCCAUGAUAAAGAAAUAGCAGAGCUUAAAUCUCAGCUUCAAGCACUUCAAGAAAAGGAAAAUGUUCUUUUAUACCAACAAACUUACCAGGAACAAAACCAAGCUGGGCCACAGAAACUACAAAAACUUUUUACACAAAGCACAGAUCAUCAGGGAAUACCAAGUAGGCAAAACAGAAAGCGUACCAAAUGAUUGAAGCUGAUCAUAAAGAAGUUGAAAUUUAGCUUGUUGAUAAAUUCAGGAACUUGAAUUUGUAAUGAAUGUUAUAUU